AUGUUUGGAGGGCCGCCCUCUGAGGGCAAGAAAAUAACCUGCCCGACCCGCGGGCAGGCGUCGCCUGCCCUCCGCCCGCAAAAGUGCGGGUCUGCGGGCGGCCCUCAGAGGGCCGCUCGCGGGCGGAUAUGA